UCUUUGGUUUUAUCAAAAAAAAAAAUAUUACACAUUUCAAAAUAUUUAUUUUUUACACAAAUUAAUAAUAAUACUGAAAAUGGAAGAUUUUAAUGAAGUAACAUUAAAAAAUGUCUGUUGCACAUGUCUAAGUACCGAUAGGACACUGUCACAGCUGUGCAGAACUCACGACGGCGUAAACAAUUUGUUCCUUUUGCUCUCCCAUAAUUCUGAGGCUAAUGAGGCUAUCUUCGUCACAGACGUGACCCAGCUGUACAUCUGUUGGGAAUGCAGCGCCAAGAUGCAAAGGUUUACCAGGUUUAGAAACCAGGCGUGUAUCGCACAAACUAAGCUGACAGAUAUAUCUGAUGGCAAGGUAACAUAUUCUAAAAUUAAAUGUCUGUCAACAUUAUCCCGUUGUCACCGUAGUGAUAGCUUUGAUGAGUCUCCUAUUAAAGAAGAGCCACCAGAAAACUUUGUGGACUGCGGAACUCAUAUUGAAGAUAUUAAAAAUGAAUAUGAACCCUCAGCAUUGUCAACAAAUUUAAAUAAUUGUAUGGAUGAACAAGACCUCUUAGUUUUCAAUCCUGACUUAAAUAAUGGUGUUGAAAUAAAAGUUGAGACACAAAGUCAAAUAAAUGUUGACUUUAGUACAAACAAAGUUAAAAAUAGAAAGACAAAAACUAAUAAAAUAGUUAAAGACAAUGAAGUUCCAUUAGAAAAUAUGUACAACAGUGAAAGCGAAUGUAGCAAUGAUAGUGAAAAAGUUUUAUAUAGUGAUGGUGGAGUUACUAGAAAUAAUAAAAUGGAAAGUAACAACAAACAUCUUAAAAAGAGAAAAGCUAAUAAAAUAAUUAAAAGUAAUAAAAUUUCAUCUGGAAAUAUCUACAGAAGUGGGGGUAAAAUUAGUAAUAAUGCAGAGAAAGAUUCAUUAAAUAGUGAAGGAAAAGUUACUAGGAAUAAUAAAAUGAAAGGUAAACAUAAAACUAUUUUAAGAAAUACAAAAUCUAAUAAAAUAGUAAAUAGUAAUGAAGUCUUAUCUGGAAAAAUUAACAGAAAUAGUGGUGAUAUUAGUGAUGAUAAUGCAGAAGAAGAUUUAUUUAAUGGUGAAGGAAGAGAGGUUGAUGAUACAACUGAUAUAUCAGAUGAUUCCUUAGACAGUGUUGAUAGUGCAGAGGCAAAAAUCCCUAAUAAAAGAAAAAGUAAUAAUUCAGCAUACUAUGUAUCCAUACCAAUAGCAAAUGCUGACACCAAUGAAAAUGAAAUAGGAAUAAAAAUUAAAAAUGAAAAUUCAGAAGAUCACAAGAAAAACAAAAUCACAAAUCAUUGUGAUACUAUUUCAAAAUGUUUUAAUUUUUUACAAAUGUCUGAAAAAAAUAUGCUUGAAAGUAUCAAAUCCAGAAAGUUGGACGAAGUUUAUGUUAAUGCACUUAAUAAAUGUGAAUCGUGUAUUGAAGUUUUUGAAAAUUGUGACACUUUGGAAAAACACAUUUCAGAUUUUCACGUACAGAAACCAAAUCAUGCUUUGUGUAAAAUAUGCAAAGUGUAUGUACCCAACAAGGAUUUGAAUGAUCACCGCAUGGACCAUUACUACAGGCUGCAGUGCUGCAGUUGCAGAGAAAUGUUUUACAAUACAAACAGUCUAGCCACACAUAUGAAAUGCAAACAUCUAAUGCAACAAGCAUAUGUUGUGGAGCAAAUGAAUACUAUCAGAUAUAUUAAGGAUACAAUGAAGGUUUAUAUUUUGAAUAAAAAGAAAAUGAAGGACAAAGCAAGUGAUACAAGGAAGUUGAAAGUAUUGCUGGACGACCCAAAGGGACCUGGCUUUGCUUGCGACCAAUGCAACAUGUAUUUUAAGAGUGUUAACUUGCGCCACCUGCACGUUCAGAAGCAACACCGAGACGGCUACCAGUGUACCACAUGUGGCAAACGGUUCUCCUACAGUGCCAGCUUACGCAGACACGAGAUCGCGCAAUGCAACCCGCCGCCCCGCGAACAGUGCUCGGUGUGCGGGAAAAUGGUUCGCGCUGACUUAGCGCGAGCUCACGCGCGUCAGCACGCCAACCGCGGCGCGUUCGCUUGCGUCGCGUGCGACAAAAAGUUCGCGUCGCGCGGCGCCUACGAGAGUCACCUCAAGUGCUCGCGAACACACACCAACCGGGACCCGCUCAAGCACAAAUGCACAGCAUGCGGCAAGGACUAUCGCUCGCCGGGUGCGCUGCGCGACCACAUAAACUACACGCACAUGGGGAAAACACACCACAAAUGCCCCAUAUGCGAUAAGGCAUUGGCGACUCGCAGAUGUGUGACCCGCCACAUCAAACGAAAACAUCAGGGUGUGAAAGAGAACUCAAGAGAUAAAAUAUGUCAGACAUGCGGAAAAGGUUUUACUAGUACAAAAUCGCUGCGGGAACACGAACUACGGCACACAGGGGAGAGACCGUUGUCCUGUGACAUAUGCUCGCGAACGUUCCGCCAGAAGGCCAGCCUCUACACACACAAGCGCAGGGUCCACAAGAUGGCGCUUAAAACGAAACCCAUCCAUUACACCGAAGACAUUGUUGUUUUGAAUACAGAAAUAAAUAAGAAUAACGAUUGAG